AUGGCUUCUUAUGCAUUCUAUUAUGAUAAUGACAUAAGUAUCUAUAUUCUUAUAAUGACUACUUUGCUCCUAACAUCUACUUUAUUAUUUUAUUACGAGUUUGAAAUAAGUAUAUAUAUGAGGACUCAUCGCACUCAAAAUGUAACAAAAAAUAAGACUUCCUCAUUUCAUUUAUUACUUCCUUCAAAAAUGCAGAUUUUCAUCCCUGUCAAGAUUUUAAAAUUUAUCAACGUUUUUUCUUCAGUCUCGAUCCACGGAGGAUCACGUAUUGCGAAAAGUUUUUUGUGUAUAACAAUUCGUUUUUUUACUUUCUCUGUUGCAGAGCAGUUGGCAAAAAAUCAGUUUUGGUUGGGAUUGGUCAAGAAGUCAGAUAACUGGUACUGGAGUGAUGGAUCAGAUUUCAGUUAUACCAAAUUUCUUCCCAUGCCGUCCGUUGAUGAAAAGACUGAGAUGUGCAUUUCGGGCAGUUUAUCCGGCUGGAAAUUGGAAGAAUCCUCAGUUAAAGUCUUGAGUUUCUUACGUUUUGGUGUAGAUUACAAAUACAAAAAUUUGUACAUUAAUGUAUUGCAGCUUCCAAUGAAAGUGGAGCUAGGAAUUGCAGAGCAGAUAUGUCUUGCCAGAGAUUCAAGUCUGGUUUGGAUAACAUCGGAAGCAGAACAGAAAUUUUUAAAUGGUGAACUAAAUUUAUGA